UCGGCAUGGUGAGUGAUGGCAUCCAGAAUCCGUAGAGAAGUCACCAUGCGACCUAUUCUUGCGCUAUCCCUGGUCGUCCUGGCCACGCUGGUUGUCCUGUCCUCACAGGCCUCUAGCUCCACCUCGCCCACGAGUAGCUCCUCCACCUCGCCGACGAGCAGCUCCUCCACCUCGCCCACGAGCAGCUCCUCCUCCACGAGCUCCGCAACGACCACCACGACGACCACCACUACCACUACUACGGCAGCCACCACCACCACCGAGAAGUCGAAGAAGAAGCGUCACAGACGCCGCAGGAGGAGGAUCAUCAUCCGCCGCAGGGAGCGAAGAGACGAACGUGGUGAACGGAGUCGCAGGGAACGAAGAGACGAGCGGGGCGAACGGAGCCUCAGGAAUCGCAGUAGUGACGGUGGCCGCAUUGUGAGGCGUUAUGUGGUUCGUGAGCGCCUCUUCAGACGCUACUAAUAAUAAAAAACCAGGUCAAUAUUUCUCAUAAA